UGACACUUCGUAGUUGCCAUAUUGUGAUUGUGUUGUCGCCAACGCGACUAUUUUUUUUUAAUUUGUGCUUGAAUUUUUAAGAAAAAAAAGGAAAAUUGCUGUGCGAAGGAGAAAAAUCUUCUUUGAGGGAAAUUAUUUUUAAAUGUGAAGAAGGAAAAAUGUCGUUUGUUAGUGGCACAACAGGAUCGGAGGCAGCUAAAAAAUUUCUCGAAGUGCUUCAAAAUGAUUUCCGGCAAUUGGGUCAGGAGACGAAGAAAAAAUAUCCCCAGAUAAAAGAGUCAUGCGAAGAGGCAAUUGCAAAGCUGAAGAGUGCAAUAGCAAAUCCCCAAACUCCGGUAUAUUAUGUGGUGAAUCAGAUCUUGUACCCAUUGGUGCAGGGAUGCGAGUCGAAGGAUGCAAAAAUAAUAAAAUACUGCUUGGGCAUGAUGCAGAGGCUCAUAACACAGCAGGUUGUUGAUCAUAAAGGUGCACGUUACAUAACAGAUACACUGUGGAUGUUGAUGGAAAAUGGCAUUGAGGAGGUGAAGGUGCUGCAAACGGUAACACUCCUCCUUACCACGAAUACCGUGGUACAUGGUGAAACGUUGGCAAAGACUCUCGUCCUCUGCUUCCGGUUGCACUUUACGAAAAAUUCCACAACAAUUAAUACAGCUGGUGCAACAAUUCGCCAAUUAGUGUCAUUGGUGUUUGAGCGGGUUGUUGCUGAGGAAGUAGAAUCAUCCACCGCAGACGGGGGUGAGAAGAAAGAGCUGAAUCUGGAAGAAUUGAAAUUGGCAACGGGUAUUGCACCGAGAGGACUAAAACCCUGUGCUGCAGAUGCUUUCCUUCUUUUUCAAGAUCUCGUUCAACUUGUGAAUGCCGAUCAACCGUAUUGGUUGUUGGGUAUGACGGAGAUGACACGGACCUUUGGUCUUGAGCUACUCGAAGCAGUUCUCACCACAUUCACGAGAGUCUUUAAGAAUGAGGAAUUUUUCUUUCUCCUGAAAGAACGUGUUUGUGCACUUGUUAUCAAGCUCUUCUCACCAAAUAUUAAAUACAGGACAGUUGCGCAAACAAGCAACCAACAAGUAACACCCCAUGAGAAACCAUACUUUCCAAUAAGCAUGAGACUCUUGAGAGUUGUUUCAAUUCUCGUGCAAAAGUACCACAAUGUUCUCAUCACAGAAUGUGAGAUUUUCCUGUCGCUCAUUGUGAAAUUCCUCGAUCCGGAUAAACCAUCAUGGCAGCGUUCGUUGGCACUUGAAGUUCUGCACAAAAUGAUUGUACAGCCCGAUCUACUUGUAUCCUUUUGCAAGUACUACGAUCUACGAAAUCACGCAACGAAUAUUUUCCAAGAUAUUAUCAAUUCAUUGGGAGCUUAUGUGCAGAGUCUCUUUGUAACAUCGCAAAUGAUGAGCACGAAUAGUGCAGCAAGUCAACCAAGUGGUCAAGUAAAUGCAACAACCCUCAUUGGAGCACUACCAGUUGGUCCUGGUGCAUCACCACAGCCUGGCUUUCUCUUUCGUGGUGUUUGGCUCCCACUGAAUGCCACCUUCCCCACGGGACAGUGCAAAUCAACCUACCUUGAAAUGUUGGAGAAAAUGGAACCACCCACAAUUAUGGAUGGUUAUGGAAUUUCAAUAGCAUACGCAUGUCUUUUGGAUAUUGUAAAAUCCAUCUCACUCGCCAUACAAGGCCCAUCGCAAAUUGGUGAAACAAACCCCAGACCAUACAAGGAGCGAACAACGGAGGAAGAUCAGGAGCUUCAUUGUCAGUUGAUUAAUUCAAGUUGGUGCGGUCUUUUGGCUGCACUAAGUCCACUAAUUGAUGCAGCAACAGAUGAAGCAGUAACGGAGAAUAUACUGAAAUCCAUGCAAUCCUAUGCAGCACUAUGUGGAAUAUUGGAGCUCCAUACGCCACGAGAUGCAUUUAUAACAACCAUUUGUCGUGCAUCUCUUCCACCGCACUAUGCACUGUCAAUGCUCAACACUGGCUACCACAGUACACCAUUUAAUUGUCACGGUCGUAUGGAUGUGCAGGAACUCGUGGGAACGGGACAAUAUAUGGGUGGAUGUGGUGAGGGUGAUUUUAGGCAUCAGGUUGUUGCCGUUGGGACGCCUCUGCCAACAUCAUCCCUACCAAUUGGUGUACAACAAGGCCCUGUUAUGCUUACGGCGAAAAAUCUGCAAUGUAUGCGAUCACUGCUACACCUUGCCCAUUGCCAUGGGGGCCUCUUGGGUACAUCUUGGCAUAUUGUUCUUGCAACACUUCAGCACCUUGUAUGGAUUCUUGGUCUCAAACCAUCCACGGGGGGAAGCUUGCAAGCUGUGCCAAAGCAAACAACAGAUACAAAUGCUGUGAUCACAACUGCUGUUAUGGCAGACCUUCCUAUGCUAUCGCAAAUGUUGAGCCAAUUAUUUGAAUCGAGUCAAUAUUUGGAUGAUGUUGCACUGCACCAUCUCAUUGAUGCACUUUGCAAACUUUCCCAUGAGGCUAUGGAACUGGCAUAUUCCAAUCGUGAACCAUCUCUGUUUGCCGUGGCGAAACUCCUCGAAACUGGUGUGAUGAAUUUGCAGAGAAUUGAAGUUCUUUGGCGCCCAUUGACAAAUCAUCUGUUGGAAGUUUGUCAACAUCCCCAUAUACGUAUGAGGGAAUGGGGUGUUGAAGCAAUAACGUAUCUAGUGCGAACUGCAUUGCAGUAUAAGUAUGAGGUACCAUUGAGGGAAAAUCAGAAGCUCCAAACACUCCUUCUGAGCCCACUGGCUGAAUUAUCAACUGUCCCACAUGGUGAUGUACGUCAGAGGCAGCUGGAUUGUGUCCUGCAAGUACUCAAUGGUGCCGGUGAGACCCUAUCGUAUGGAUGGCCACUAGUUCUGGGAAUAAUUGGCGCAGUGUCUGAUCACCAUGGAGAAGCCCUUAUUCGUAUUGCUUUUCAGUGUCUUCAACUUGUUGUAACUGACUUCCUGCCCGUAAUGCCUUGGCGUUGUCUCCCCUUGUGCGUGAGUACAGCCGCAAAAUUCGGAUCGCAAACACAAGAGCUCAACAUCAGCCUAACAGCCGUGGGUCUUAUGUGGAAUAUCUCCGACUAUUUUAAUCAGAAUCAAGAGAAAUUGUCGCAAACUGUCACGGAUGAUUGCACGGUUUUUCCCGACUUUCCCGGCACAUUGACAAUGCCACACUUUGAUAAACUCUGGAUGUGCCUCUAUGCACGCCUUGGGGAUCUCUGUGUUGACAAUCGUCCAGCCGUGAGGAAGUCCGGUGGACAAACACUCUUUUCCACAAUUUCCGCUCAUGGGAAUCUACUGAAUCCACCCACGUGGCAAGCAGUGCUGUGGCAGGUGCUAUUUCCACUUCUUGACAAUGUACGGACACUCUCCAAUACAGCAAGUAGUGAGAAAGUUGAUACAAGUGGCAAUAUCUUGAUACAUCACUCAAGGAAUACAGCUCAGAAGCAAUGGGCAGAAACACAAGUUCUCACCCUAUCGGGAGUUUCGCGGGUUUUCAACACAAAACGCCAGCUCCUCCAGCAACUUGGGGACUUUGAUCGUGCUUGGGCUCUUCUUCUUGAAUUCAUUGAGAAUGCAUCUCUCAGUCGAAGCAAUGAGGUGUCUUUGGCUGCUCUCAAAUCAUUUCAAGAAAUUAUAUACAAUCGUCCUGCAGAUGGAAGUGACGAAAGUAGUGUUGAUAUGUGGAAUGUAGCUUGGCGCGUUUGGUUGAAUAUUGGUUGUGAAAGUGGAACAUUUCACAUGAAUACCAAUGAUAAGAGUGAUGAGACAUAUUUUCCUAGUCAAGCAUUCCUAACGGCUCUAGUUCAAAUUUUUCCAGCUCUCUUUCAACAUAUUCGUCCCAAUUUCACCGACAGUGAUCUCGCACAACUCUGCCGUGUACUAAUGAAUGCUGUUGUUGCACCAAUUAAUACGGAUGCAACGCCCUAUAUUUUAUCCAAUAUGUCCGAUUCACCAUUAACCCCCCUCCAUGAUGGCAUACUCGAUUGUAUGGAGCUUCUGCAGAAUGAAGCAUUAAUACCCAAUUCCCCAUUACGACCCAUGAUCCCAGCCAUCUUCAAGCAACUCCUCAAGUUCAGUCAAUUCUCCUGCCAACCCCCGAGUUUUGGGUGCACCGACGAUGAUGGCGAAAGGGAGAAGACACGGCAGCAUCCAUUCCAUCAAUCAUCAUCAUCAAAUCAAGAAUGGAUUAGCAUGAAUUACAUUCCAUUUGGGGAAAAAUCCCUCUCGGUCGUGGUGAAGUUGUACAAGCAAACAGCUUCGGAUGAUAAUGUGAUUCAAAGUGCAAUCCUACAUGAAAUUAUUCGUGCAUUGCAACUACCGCUGUCGCUGAAAUAUAAAUGUCCAGCUGCAAGUACAUGGAAGCAAGCCAUAUCGACACUCAUGAGUGUCCUACACACUGGCCUUCCGAUAAUUCGCAGCAAUGGAAAAUAUUUCACUGAAAUGUGGAAGGAUUUGGCCGAUACGUUGGAUCAAUUUCUCUUCCCGAAGAGUGUGUGCACCAUUGAGGAUCGUGGCUUGGAGGAAAUUGUUCUGGAUGAAGCGAUUGAUUGUCAAGUAAUUGAACUCUUGCGCGACGAAGUGCUCACAUUUUCAUCUGAAAUUCCCCAAGAAUUCAUUCUGAAUGUUGUUGUACUUCUCAACAAGGGAUCAAUACAUUCUGUUUCAGGGUGUGAUUCUGAAUUCAAAUUAAGGGAAGAAUUUGCAAAAACAUGCUUCGAUACACUCCUUCAGUUUUCCCUGGAAGAAAAUGAGACACCAAAUGCAAAUAACAACACCACUAUUGAGGGUGGUGUAGCUGGAAGAUUAGCUAUAACAGCCCUUUUGCAUCGCUUCCAAGAAGUACUGAAGAAGUACAAUGAUGACGAGAGACAAAGUGGAAAAUGCCCCUUACCGCGGUAUCGUCUAACGGAAAUCUCCUUUGUACUAAAAGCUGUUGCAACAUUGAUUGUAUCAAUGAAGAAGGCUUCCUCGACAAAAGUUGGAAAAACAGCAUGGGAGCAAUUAAUUGAAUUAUAUCCCUACUUGGUGGAUUGUACCACAACAUCCUCAGCCGAAGUAUCGAGAUCUCUUCGUGAAGCUCUCCUGCAGUAUUCGGAUUUAUUGCAAAUUCCACCAAUUACACCAAAUGGUAUCACAGCCAGUCAUCAUUAAUUACAUUACAAAGAGAGAGAGAAAAAAAAACUUUUUGGGACUCUUCUUGUCUUUAGUGAAUUAAUUUUUGUUAUACUAAAGCGAAUCUAUAUAAAAUACACAUUAUAAAAAAAUAAAAGAAAAAGCUGUAUUAUAAUCUUACUUUUAGCAAUUAAGCACGAUAAAUUAUUAUUUAAGUUCAUUUACAUAUUCUCAUUUAAUAUCUUAUAAUGUGUACAGUAACAUUAGAAGUAAAUAAAAAUAAAAUUGAAUUUCCUUCAAAAUGUUGAAAUAAAAAAUAUUGUAUUACACAAAGCGAGAAAUUCUUCGUUUAUAAAGAAAAUAAAUAAUAUAUAAAAACAA